GCCUCAGUUUCCCGGUGUGUGUCGGGAGCCGCUCCUCGGGAGAGAAGGGCGCUUCAGGAACCGGCUGCUGGCGGACGGAAGGUCGCGUACAGCUGGCUAGUCUGGGCUCGCCGCUUUCGGUGCCCAGGCAGGAAGUGAGCAGAAAGUAAAAGGCCGACGGAGGAGCCCCUAGAAUCUCUGAGGGCGGUUGGUCGCUAGCCUGGAGACUGAGCGGGAGAAAAUGCAGGUGCCGGAGGAGGUUGGCCGGGCGGUUUGCGCGCCGCCCGACCCCGAGGGCCUUCAGGUGCAAGGGGGCGGGGGCUGCAGGCGUCCGGCCGCGGAGCCGGGGCGGGCCGAGCCGCGGGGCAUUUAAACCCGGCAGUCUGCCAGCGAAGGACACGCGCCCCGCGCCGUCCCCUCCUUCGGCCACCCUCUCCGCUUCGGACACCGGCCGGCGCGAUGCGGUCUGCCUUGGCCCCGGGUGUCUGGUUCCUCCGCGCCUUCUCCAGGGACAGCUGGUUCCGAGGCUUCAUCCUGCUACUCACCUUCUUCAUUUAUACCUGUUAUCACAUGUCCAGGAAGCCCAUCAGUGUUGUCAAGAGCCGUCUGCACCAGAACUGCUCAGAGCUGAUCAAGCCCAUUAAUGACAGCCACAGUCUCAACGACACUACGUGGUGCGACUGGGCUCCCUUUGACAAGAACAACUACAAGGAGUUACUGGGGGCCGUGGACAAUGCCUUCCUUGUGGCCUAUGCCAUCGGCAUGUUUAUCAGCGGGAUUUUUGGGGAGCGGCUCCCCCUCCGUUAUUACCUUUCAGCUGGAAUGCUGCUCAGUGGCCUCUUCACCUCGCUCUUUGGCCUAGGAUAUUUCUGGAACAUCCACAUGCUCUGGUACUUUGUGCUCAUCCAGAUCUGUAAUGGGCUUGUCCAGACCACAGGCUGGCCCUCUGUGGUGACCUGCGUUGGCAACUGGUUCGGGAAGGGGAAGCGGGGGCUUAUCAUGGGCAUCUGGAACUCACACACGUCUGUGGGCAACAUCCUGGGCUCCCUGAUCGCUGGCAUCUGGGUGAAUGAGCAGUGGGGCCUGUCGUUUGUGGUGCCUGGCAUCAUCACCGCUGCUAUGGGUGUCAUCACCUUCCUCUUCCUCAUCGAAUACCCCGAAGAUGUGGACUGCACGCCUCCUCAGCACCACACGAGUGAUGGGUUGGAAGAGAACCAGCACAACCCUGAGGACCUUGGGAGUGGUCCGUACACUAACAAGGAGAGCAGCCUGGAGACCCCCGCCAGAUGCUCCAAGGAGCCAAGCGCUCAGCCUGCCGCCAUCAGCUUCCUCGGGGCGCUCCGGAUCCCGGGUGUGGUCGAGUUCUCUUUGUGUCUGCUCUUUGCCAAGCUGGUCAGUUACACCUUCCUCUACUGGCUGCCCCUCUACAUCUUCAAUGUGGCUCAUUUCAAUGCCAAACAGGCUGGGGACCUGUCUACUCUCUUCGAUGUUGGUGGCAUCAUAGGUGGCAUCAUGGCAGGGCUCAUCUCUGACUACACCAAUGGCAGGGCCACCACCUGCUGCAUCAUGCUGAUCUUGGCUGCCCCCAUGAUGUUCCUGUAUAACUUCAUUGGUCAGAGUGGGAUUAUCAACUCCAUAGUAAUGUUGAUCAUCUGUGGGGCCUUGGUCAAUGGCCCUUACGCGCUCAUCACCACUGCAGUCUCUGCUGACCUGGGAACUCACCAGAGCCUGAAAGGCAACGCAAAGGCACUCUCCACCGUCACGGCCAUCAUCGACGGCACUGGGUCUAUAGGUGCGGCUCUGGGGCCCCUUCUGGCUGGCCUUAUUUCACCCACAGGCUGGAACAAUGUCUUCUACAUGCUCAUCUCUGCUGACAUCCUGGCCUGCUUGCUCCUCUGCCGGUUGGUGUACAAAGAGAUCCUAGCCUGGAAGUCAUCCCUGGGCAGAGACAGAGGCUCUAGUCUGGCCCUAACCCACCCGCGAUAGUAUUUUCCUCAAGUCCCAUGACUUUUGUAUAAAGAAAUAUGAGGCCUUGAUUGGAAGAGAGGCACGGAGGGCCCCAGCUGAUUCCCAAAGAGCUCUCCCCCUCCUGCCACCGGGGGCAAGACUAUGGAAACUGCCAGCGAUGGCUGAUGGAAGCCUCUUGACCUAACACCAGCCAGCCCACAGGGCUGCUAAGGGGCUAGGCGAUUCUCCAUGGGAAGGGACCGCCAACAUGGGGAAUGGAAGACUCAAGGGCCUGCGCUCUGGAAGCCGCAAGCAGAAAGGAUGGGGAUCAGAGCUGAGCGGUGUCUCCAGCUUGCUAAGGGGAGGAUAUGCUCAGACUCUGGCUUGUUCAGAUUCCAAGACCGAAGGCAGAGGCUUGACAUGGACCAAGGCUUGGCAAAGGUGUGUUCUCCUUCCCGUGUUCAGUUUGAACCUCCGUGACCAGCCUGUACCUGUCAGUGGAUUUCCGACCCUGUUUCGGAGCUGCCCAGCCUCACCUGGCUUCUUCAUCCACCAGCCGGUUUUCUCGUGUAUUCCCCCACGUUGGAAACUCUUCUCCCUUGCAUUUGAUCCUGUCUCUAACUCCUGACCUGAGUCGAUUAAAGUGUUACUGCUAUAUCCUCCGGGGCCAGGACUAGGGAGACGCAAGGGAGGUGCCAAUGGUGCAAAAGUUAGGGAGGCAUCACUCUUGGGCUUGGGCCUGGGCCUGCGCCGCCCUGGAGAGUGAAGGUCUCCCUUGCCUCAGUCUCCUGCCAGCCCUCUGCGUCCCCAGGGGAAGAGCAAACACCAGUGCAGUGCUGGGGAGGGAGGGAGGCAUGACUGAAAACACCAGCGUGUGGAUGGUAGUUGCAGAGUGCUCACUGCUUGCUAGCCCUACUCCAGGAACGGAGCAGACGGUGGACACAGAGCAAGGACUUCUGCCCUGAGCACAGGCACCAGUGCGACGAGACUAGCAGGAAAGAAGGCUGCGUGGUUCAUUCCCGCAGCUGUCACGUGUGUAGAUGCCUGGAGCUCUCUGCAGCCUGCCUUUUCUCCCCCAUGUUCCCCAUGUACUUAUCCCAGUCCCCCCAUCCCCCAAUCCUGGAAUGCUGCCUGCCAGGCCGGCUCUUGGCGUUUCUCCCCAUCCUCCGGAGCCACCCAUCAGCACAGUACAGAUUCCUGUUGCCCACUGUGCCUGUGCUCGCCCUCAUUAGGGCCUGGCCCAGUCGCAUGGGUUGUUGGGGUCCCGGGACCACGGGGUUCGUGUACUGGGGCUGCUUACAGCGGGCAUUCCCUGGGCAGAUGCUCAUGGCCACACUGAUGACCCGCGGGUCAAAUGAGGAGCUGGAGCCACAUACCAGGUACAGCCGUCACAUUCACUGGGACACCUGGGCCAGGGCAGCACUGAGAUAGGUGGCGCCCACUGCUGCGGUGACACACCGGUAAGCCUUAGACUUGCCUGCCGCUCACCCUGACUUGGAGCCAGUCAGGGACCUUGUCCUCGGGAGCCCCAGGGCCAGGCCUUACGUCCAGCAUUCUCAGAUGCUUCUUUCAGAGCAGACACUAGAUGGUGCCACCAUCCCCCCGCAAAGCCUGGCAUGGGCCACACACCGUUCCUGCUUCCAGAUGGGGAGGCGGGAGCAGAGGGUGCUUCGUUAGCCAACUUUCAGCCUUCUUUCCACUGCACCAGGUCGGGGUAGGAGGCCUGGGAGACCUCCUCUGGUGGUGGGGGACUUCCGCUUCCCUGGCCCCACCACUGGCUACCUUUAAGCCUGUGUCCUCAUGGAGAGAAAAUAGUCCUACCCUUGCCUACCUCGAAGGACUGGUGUGAAGGGAGAGGAGUCAGUUGUCAACACACUCCCCGCCCCCCAGGAGCUUGUCUGGGGGGAGGGAUAAGUGAGAAAUAUGAAAACAAUAGGAGAAAAACACUGGAGGUAGUGACUGGAGCGGAGACAUCCCUCCCUAUGCCUGAAGGGAGAGGGGCCGGAGGGUGGGUGAUCCCCGGGCAGGAGGAAAGAAUGUGUAAGGUGUCAGAAGGAGGAAUGCCUGGGACUUGGGCAGGUGGUCAGUUUGAUAAGGUCUGGAGGGGACCUGGAAGAGGAAGGGAGUUAAUACCAAUACAGAGCAAGCCCCUACAAGUGGAGCAUGGGGACUGGAAAAGAAACAAGAGGUGCCAGCUGGUGCCUGGGCCCAGGGCAGGCAUGGCACCCGCGAUCAGCAGAAGGCUUGUGGAGCUCAACGCCUGGCUCAGAAAUGAGGACUUGGGCUGUGGGAGGGAGUUUGGGGGAAACACCAAAGGUGGAAAAUCCCCAGCCCUGAGAUCUGUCCCUCUGCCCUCGUCUCCCAGGUCCCAGGUUCCCUGCCCUGCUUCAGCUCUGUGCUCGGACCGUUCCCACACAAGCCUGCUACCUGCCUUCUCUCUGGGCCUCAGCACUCACUUGGGGCUAAUGCAGGAGCAUUACGUUAAUUAGUUAUUCAUUUAAUUUAACUUCACAUUUGGUCUCAAUUAAGCUUAAAGUGUUCUUCCUUAUAGAUGUUACAAUAGCACUUGUAAUUAAAAAGCAAUAACUCUUUGCAUUUCUCCUUUAGAGAGCCAUUGGGAGGCUGGGGUGGUGUGUGGUUGGGGGGGGUGCGGGAAAGGAGUAAUGAAAAGAAAGGGAACCCUUGGCACUCUGAGGCUUUCAGCAAGACUGAAGUUGGGGGAAAGGAGACUCAACACAUCAUGGGUGUGGGGUGGGGGCCAGAGAGUGCUCCUGGAGAUAAGGGGGCAGUGAGGUGGGGAGGGUGGAAGGAAGCGAUCCUUAGACGUGGAGGGUGGGGCCUGAUAUUCUGUGGCUGGCAGAACAAUGCCCCCGCCCCCAAAGAUGCUCACAGCCUAAUUCCCGGGCCCGUGAAUAUGUUAAGCGCCCGUGAAUAUGUUAAGCGCAGAUGUGAUUAAGGACCAAUCAGAUGGGGAGACUAUGCUGGAUUAUCAGGGUGCGCUCCUUAAUCAAAGAGGCAGGCAGGAGUGUCUGUUGUCGGAUUAGAAGAUGCUGGCUCUGAAGACAGAGAAGGGUAUACUGGUGCAGGAGUGUGGGCAGCCUCUAGACACUAGAAAAGGAAAGGAAAUGGGAUUCUCCCCGAGAGCCUCCAAAACCUUUACAUUAGCCUCGUGAAACCGAUUUCAGAUUUCUGAUCUCCCAAACUGUACAAUAAUAAAUCUGUAUUCUUCGAAACUGC